AAAAGUCCGAACUUUCAUCUUGUUGUUCGAUCUCUGUUCCCUCAGCUGCUCGGCUGCUCUCUCCGGCAGCCUGCUCCGUCGCUUCUCCUUCCGUAACAGCGAUCUCUCAUCUGCAGCUCAACUUCAUUCACUUCUGCAGCCGCCGAGUCGUUUGACCGCGUGAAGUGAAAGGAAAAAGAUCUUCUGUUUCAAGGCAAUCCAAAUGGGAAAGAAGAAGGCAGAUGAAACAGCGGUGAGCAAGUCUAAACAAGGUGCCAAGGAUGCUACCAAAGAUGGGAAAAGAGAGAAGCUCUCGGUCUCAGCCAUGCUCGCGAGCAUGGACCAGAAGCCGGAUAAGCCAAAGAAGGGCUCAUCCUCGUCAGGGUCUACUGCUGGCAGACAGAAGGCAAAAGCUGCAUCAAAACUUGCGUCGUAUACUGAUGGCAUCGACCUCCCUCCCUCUGAUGAAGAGGAAGGAGAGUAUGGUUCUGAUGAAGAGCAAGCCCAGAUUGAAGCCAAUAAAAAGCUCAGUCGGCAGCAAAGGGCUGAGACGAAGAAUCUUGAUAUCGGUAUCAGUGAUAAAGAAUUAAAGAAGAGAGAGAAGAAGGAGAUGCUUGCUGCUCAUGCUGUGGAGCAAGCGAGGCAGGAGGCUCUCAAAGAUGAUCGUGAUGCUUUUACUGUCGUCAUUGGGAGUCGAGCUUCGGUUCUUGACGGUGAUGACGAUGCCGAUGCCAACGUGAAGGAUAUAACAAUAGACAACUUUUCUGUUUCGGCAAGGGGGAAGGAACUUUUGAAGAAUGCCUCAGUGAAGAUAUCUCAUGGGAAGAGGUAUGGGUUGGUGGGGCCCAAUGGGAUGGGCAAGUCUACACUGCUAAAGUUGCUUGCUUGGAGGAAGAUCCCUGUUCCUAAGAACAUUGAUGUUCUUCUGGUGGAACAGGAGGUGGUUGGGGAUGAUAAGUCUGCUCUUGAGGCAGUUGUUUCUGCUAAUGAAGAGUUGUUGAAAGUCAGACAGGAGGUUGCGUCGCUCCAGAGCUCUUCUGCUGGGCCCGAUAAUGAAGGUGAGGAUGAUGAUGCAGAUGAUACUGGGGAGAAACUUGCUCAGCUGUAUGAGAAGCUGCAGAUAUUGGGUUCAGAUGCUGCAGAGGCUCAGGCAUCAAAGAUUCUCGCUGGGUUAGGGUUCACCAAAGAGAUGCAGGCUCGUGCCACCCGAUCCUUCAGUGGUGGUUGGAGGAUGAGAAUAUCUUUGGCCCGAGCACUUUUCGUGCAGCCAACUCUCUUACUGUUGGAUGAACCGACGAACCACCUUGAUCUCAGGGCUGUUCUUUGGUUGGAAGAGUAUUUGUGUAGGUGGAAGAAGACUCUCGUUGUAGUCUCCCAUGAUCGGGAUUUCCUUAACACUGUUUGCACUGAGAUUAUUCACCUGCAUGACCAGAAGCUCCACUUCUACCGUGGGAAUUUUGAUGACUUUGAAAGUGGUUAUGAGCAGAGACGCAAGGAGAUGAACAAAAAGUUUGAGAUUUACGAGAAACAGGUAAAAGCUGCCAAGAGGUCGGGGAACCGAGUCCAACAGGAGAAGGUGAAGGAUCGAGCAAAGUUUGCUGCGGUGAAGGCAGCUUCAAAGGAUAAGUCGAAGGGCAAGGUGGACGAAGACGAGCCUCUUCCAGAGGCGCCAAAGAAGUGGAGAGAUUACAGUGUCGAGUUCCACUUCCCGGAGCCCACUGAGCUGACCCCGCCUCUCCUGCAGCUGAUAGAGGUCAGCUUCAGUUAUCCUAAUCGGGAGGACUUUAGGCUCUCAGAUGUGGAUGUGGGUAUUGAUAUGGGGACGCGAGUUGCCAUUGUCGGACCCAAUGGAGCUGGGAAAUCAACUCUAUUGAAUCUUCUAGCUGGUGACUUAGUCCCGAUGGAAGGUGAAGUUAGGCGAAGUCAGAAGCUGAGAAUAGGGAGGUAUUCUCAGCACUUUGUGGAUCUCCUUACUAUGGAUGAAACACCAGUUCAGUAUCUCCUCAGGCUCCAUCCUGAACAAGAGGGGCUUAGUAAGCAAGAGGCGGUCCGAGCAAAGCUUGGAAAAUUUGGUCUCCCCAGUCACAAUCACCUGACCCCCAUUGCAAAGCUAUCGGGAGGGCAGAAAGCUCGGGUUGUCUUUACUUCGAUCUCCAUGUCUAGACCUCACAUACUGCUCCUGGACGAGCCGACCAACCACUUGGACAUGCAGAGCAUCGAUGCUCUGGCUGAUGCCCUUGAUGAGUUUACAGGUGGGGUUGUCCUAGUGAGUCACGACUCGAGGCUCAUUUCUCGUGUCUGCGAGGAUGAGGAGAAGAGUGAAAUAUGGGUCGUAGAAGAUGGGACAGUGAAGACCUUCCCAGGAACCUUUGAGGAAUACAAGGAGGAGCUCCAAAGGGAGAUCAAGGCAGAGGUGGACGAGUGACUGGCGUGAUCUUGUCCGGCAGCUCCCCGUGCCUGCAAUACUAUUUUUGUCUUUCUUCCUACUGCACAAUUAGUUAUCAUCUGAGUCUGUAAGGAAAGAAUUCUCUCUUUGAUUUAGUGAGUGAGGGCAACAGCUUGUAUCGUGGUACGUAUACAGACGCGAGAAAGAUUUUUCCUAUUGCGGCAACAUUACACCAGUUAUGAAGCAAAUUCAGCUGCAGUUCUUCUUCUUCUUCUUCUUCUUCUUUUUUCCCUUAUAAGUCGGAUUCUUGUAAUAAACAUGUCGGAAAUAAUCUAUUAAGAUGAAUUGUUCUGGGUUU